GAUCAAAUAAAACACCACGGUACCAGCAAUCUAUACCCCACUCCUCACGCCCCGCCCCUCUCUAUCUUCUCCCCCCGCAGCAUGGUAAUGAUAUUAUUAUAGUGUUAUCUACUGAUAUGUCGACCUUCGAGAACACCAAGUACAGUGAAUAUACUAUCAACCUGACAAGCUUUCUUCACAAUAACACUCUCACAUAUUCUCAGGACACAGCCUCUACGCUUACUUUUUAACUCACCUCUCCAAAAUGACCCGCAGCCACCGCCGAGCACCUACUCUCCCUCUAUGGCGACCUAGAACCCUCUUCAGCACAAACCAAACUGCAUCCCACCUCCCCAGCCAGACAGCUCCGGGCUCGGGCGCAUCGUCACUAAACUUCCAAUCGAGUCCAUGGAAACUCCUGGCAUCAGACAUAAAGCUAGCUUUCACUCUUCUCCUUUGGAUUCCCCACAUUUUCCUUCCCUGGCGAAGCACAAACCCAUAUUCGGAAUUGUACCCGUCACGGAAGAACAUGUGCGAUUUGGUACUACACAUUAUACUAGGUUUUCUUGGUUCCUUCUGGCUAGUCAUUGUUGUUCCUGCAUGGAUAGCGGCACCUGGGCUGGUUUUUGCACUGUUCAUGUUGUUUUAUUGUGCGCUCACAGCGCUUUUUUGCAUGCCGCUAGACUACGGGUCAAGGUUUGUGCAAAGCCGGAUUCAGCACGCGAGUGGCCCAGAGAUUUGGGAUCAUGAGAAAUGGGUGUUUGUCAAUGGAGUUGCCGCGGGAAAACAUUGGCUACAAGCAAAUGUCGAUAUGAUCAGUGAAAUAUUCGGUCGGCCGGUGACUGGGAUACAUAACCGGACAUAUGGAACUGUGUUCGACCUCGUGGAGUGCUUGAUCCAACGGUGCUUCUCGUAUUCUACGGAGGAUACUCGAGUUCUAUAUGACCAUCUGAAAAGCAUACUUCUAGACAACAACGUACAUAAAUGUGUUGUCAUUGCGCAUUCCCAAGGGGGAAUCAUCCUAUCCACCGUCCUAGACCGUCUUUUCGCAGAUGUACCCAGCGGAGUAUUUGAAAAAAUGGAGAUAUACACAUUCGGCUGCGCAGCGAACCACUUUAACAACCCCAUCCGCUUUGUCCCCUCCCCCUCCCAACCACAAACCCCGUCGGCGGACCCCCCGGCGCCGGAGGAGCGUCUGAUUAAGUAUAUAGAACACUACUGCAAUGAACACGACUUUGUCUCCCGCUUCGGUACCCUGCACUUCUCGAAGGACAAGCUGUCAAAUCGCUUUGCCGGCAAGGUAUUUGAAAACAAAGGUCACGGAGGUCACUUGCUCAACCAGCACUACCUCGACCCUAUGUUUGCCGGCGACAGCUCAGACUUUCUCGAGAUGGUUGUAGAAGCGGGAGAAGGCAGAGCUGAGCAGGGAGCUCAAGUUUCUGGCCAGGAAACAGCCCAGAAGGAGUUGAGAUCGUCAAGGAGUUGGCCACCCGCCUGGACAGGGUUCCGGAUGGCAUCCGUCGAGGUACCCAACGAUCUUGAGCAGGCGAGAACAUUGGGGAGGAAUCCCUCGGCCCCGGCCCCGGGCACUGGUUGGGAUUUUGCGACUGGGGCAAAGGCGGAGUCGUCGGCAGAAAUUCAGAGGGGUAGAACGGUAAUGGACCUAAGUCGAUUAUGGAAGUAUAAGAAUGGGGAAUCGCCGGACUAGCUAUUCCACUUGCACCAGCACAUGUGUUAGUUAUCUAUCUUGUUCGGGAACAUAUGGGACAAGUUUGUGGAGUUUUUGCUUCUUUUUCUUCUUUUUUCCCCCCAUUUUCUCCAUUGAUUGUAGAUACCAGAAAUUGUAAU